AUGGCCUCAAAACAAGAGAAGCAGCUCCAGGCGCAGUACGAAGAGAGCCUCAAAGCCAGCAUCAUCUCCCUAGUUCAAGCAGUCUACGGCCCCAAGCACCCCCGCGGCUGUACUUUCGACGUCGUCGCUUCCAAAAAGCCCGAUAUCAGUCUCAGAUAUACAUACAUCGCCUACGUCAUUGUCUAUCCUAGCCCGUCUGAUUCAUCUUCCACUAGAUGGAGGCUUCUUCUACAGACUCCCGAAAGGAGUGACUUGCGGUUUUGUUAUGAGUCGCUCAUUCACGCUCUACAAGUCGAUAUGGUCUCGGUCAUGGACAACGCACCUCGAGCCGACGAUGAGAUGGAGGAAUCUUCAGAGGCCCGCGACGAGUAG